AGACUUGACAGCUAAAGUGAAUGAGAUAUGCAUGUAGCCGAGCCGCUUGUGACGAUCCAGCAGCUACUCAGCUCGCUAAUUAGCUGGCUCAUUCACACCCGGAAUUUGCUAUCCGCGUAAGUCGUCGACGUUCUGGGUUUGAUUUACCAUCAAUGUCCGCAUAUAUGUAGGUAGUUGACGUUUAAAUGGCGCACAAUGGCCACUACCGCGACGAUAAUUGUGUCGAAGACGACGACGACAAGACGCCCACGAAGGAGCAGCAGCAGGAGCCACCGUCCAACACCGAGGAGACGCCGGGUUACCUCGGGAGUGAGCCCCACAAUGAGGCAGCCACGGCCGCCGGAAGAGCCACAUCCGACCGGCCGACGUCCAACUCGACGACGAGGCGUCGCUGCGACUCGGUGAAGAAAACAAGGCCGCCAUUCCCCUGGUUCGGGAUGGAUAUUGGAGGCACUCUGGUGAAGCUGGUCUACUUCGAGCCCAAAGACAUCACAGCAGAGGAGGAGCAGGAGGAGGUGGCCAAUCUGAAGAGCAUCCGCCGCUACCUGACUUCCAACACUGCCUACGGCGAAACGGGUAUCAGGGACAUGCACCUGGAGCUGCAGGACCUCACGCUGUGUGGCAGGACGGGCAACCUGCACUUCAUCCGCUUCCCCACGCACGAUCUGCCGGCCUUUCUGCAGAUGGUCCGCGACAAGCACUUCUCCAGCCUGCACACCACCCUGUGUGCCACGGGAGGGGGCGCGUACAAGUUUGAGUCUGAUUUCCGCACGAUGGCGGACCUGCAGCUCCACAAGCUGGACGAGCUGGACUGUUUAAUUCGGGGCGUGUUGUACAUCGACUCGGUGAUGUCCAGCGGCCCCUCUGAGUGCUACUACUUUGAAAACCCCACAGACCCAGAUCACUGCGUCCAGAGGCCGUACACACUGGAGAACCCCUAUCCUCUGCUGCUGGUCAACAUAGGGUCAGGGGUCAGCAUCCUGGCCGUCUACUCCGAGAACAACUACAGACGAGUCACUGGGACCAGCCUCGGUGGUGGGACGUUCCUGGGCUUGUGCUGCCUGCUGACCGGCUGCGCUACUUUCGAGGAAGCCUUGCAAAUGGCCUCUCAGGGCGAGAGCACCCGUGUGGACAAGCUGGUUCGGGACAUCUACGGAGGAGACUAUGAGAGGUUUGGACUACCAGGCUGGGCUGUAGCCUCAAGUUUCGGCAACAUGAUGUCCAAAGAGAAGCGGGAGUCCGUGUCUAAAGAGGACCUGGCCAGAGCGACGCUCGUCACCAUCACCAACAACAUCGGCUCCAUCACCAGGAUGUGUGCUCUCAAUGAGAACAUUGAGAGAGUGGUGUUUGUUGGGAACUUCUUAAGAGUGAACACCCUCUCAAUGAAACUGUUGGCCUACGCCAUGGACUACUGGUCCAAAGGCCAGCUCAAAGCCCUCUUCCUACGCCACGAGGGUUACUUCGGAGCGGUCGGAGCAUUGCUGGAGCUUCUGCAUCCGUCCUAAUCCGUCCACACUGCAUUCAAAGAAGCACACGUCAAUCUGCUGCGAAGACCAUUAGCACUUUAGGCUGUUCAGAGUCAGUCACGAGCCGGUUACUGGUAAAUUCAGGCUUAGGCUGAAAAGAAAAAAAAAAAACUGCCACAGUGUGGAAUAUUCUGUCAUGUCUCUGAAAUCAUAUUUGUUUUUAAAGUUUUCUUGCCUUGGCCAAGUUUGUGUGUUGACUUUACAGAGACGAGCCAGGUUUGGUCCAAAGCAUCUCAAGGAAACUCACCGCGGUUGCCUGUUAUUGACUAAUAAUCUCGUCUUGUGGACCACAGUUAGCCCUCAGUGGGUUAACGGGUCCUGGACCAUAUACAGCAUUAGCGAGUACUGUAGGGUGUAUGUAAUCCUACUGAGAUUACCAGGUGGACAAGAGUUUGACUACUGUAACAAGGUUAUACUGAGCAAGUAUACGUCGCCACACUAGUAAACAAAGCAUCUGAGGCUGCAAUUAAUAAUAAUUCUCAUCCGUUAUAAUUAUUCACUCGAAGGUCCUGCCAUUCAUUUUUGGUGUACUGAGAUGUAAUCAGUAUUAUGUUACUGUGAUAGUAAUCCUUAUACUCCAUCAACACUGCAGAUCAUUUCUGGCCUGUUACUGUUUGUAUUUUUUUACGUGUGAGCAUCGACUCAUUGUCAGUCAGUGCGCGUCGCUCAAACCCUAGUCUCCAUUUUCCCCCGCUCUACCCGCUCUCACUGUGUUUGAAUGUGCUCCGACCGCAUUAAGUGCCAUCACAAAACAUGCAGUGGUGAGUGGAAGUGGCUGCUAAAAUACCUAUGCAGCGCGUCUGCAUUCGUCAGUCAUACUAAAAUACGAAAAAAGUAUAUUUUAGUAUUGUCAUGAAGAUGUAAGGAUCAAAUUAUGAGACAAAAUGUGAGUUUAGAUUGUGUAUCUGGUCUUCAAGUCUUAAUCCUAAUUUGUGUAUCCUUCAUAUCUCUUCUGACAAGAAACACUGAGCCAUAAAAGAGAAGGUAAAGGUCUUGUGACUAAUUUCCUCCUUCCAAUAAAUGUUCAUUUCAUUUCAUUACAUUUUAAUAAAAGGUCAUAUAUUACUUUCAAAUGUGGUACGUUUUUCUCAAAAUUGGAAUGAAAUGCUUUUUUUUUGUUAAUGUUUACCAUGUACACCAAGUUGUUGUUUUAUUUUAAAUUAUUAAUCACAUUUUUGAGUGCACAAAAACACACCACUGCCACAUUGUAUAAUGGUAUUUAUGUUUUCUACUCUGUUGUGUCAGCUGUGAGUAUCACUACCCAAAGCAUCUACUCACCCCGCCAAACUUGCAAUAAAGAAUUUUUGCAAGUUGGAGAGCCCAGAUUAAACCAUUAAUCUUCAUCUCUAUAUUCAUUCUGCUCUUAAAUACUGCCAUGGUCACUCUAUCUCCCCUGAAUUUUUCACAUUUUGCUUUCACCUGUUCCAUUAGUCAUCAGUCUGUCCAUGGAUUACAGGGACCACAAGGAAACUACCAAAUAAUAUUUGACAUGUUUAUCCAUCAGUCAGUGACUAUAAAUGAUGCAUCUGCAAGUUGUAAACAGGCAGAGGUUUAUUUAUUAUAAAUAAAGUGCCUGACAUGUUUUUAUUAUGGACUACAGCAAUGUGGCGUAGUACGUGACACUUUGGUUUGUCAUGUUUCAAAGUUUACCUUUGCUUGUUUUCUCCUUUGUAUUAUUUGUGAUUUUAAAAUGACCAUUGAAGGUUCUAUUAAAAUAUGAUCUUUUCA